AUGAGAGGGUUUAUUAAAUGGACGUUUAUCUGUGCAAUCAUAGCCUCGUUUCUCGUGGUCUCAAUUUCGGCACAUCCAACACCUACUUCUCUAGCCAAAAGGCAAGAUGACACGGAUGUGAACGACUAUCAUAAUUCAGGAAAGACAAAAACAUCUACCACUGCUUCACCCACAUCAAACCCAACACCUAUACCUCGCCCCAAUGAUGGAGGACAUGGAUCCAAUGGUAAUGGAUCAAACGGUAACAAUGGAAGCAGCGCACCUCAAGUCAUCGCUGUGGGUGGUGCCAGUUGGUAUGGUAAGUAA